AUGAGCUGCACUGGUGGUGGUAGUAGUAAGUAUGAUAGUCUGUCAAAUUAUAAUCAUUUUUCCCUCUUGCAUUCACACCAAGAAUUGAAAGGGAUAUGUAUAUAAUUUAUUACAUGCCCCUUUUUAGCAAUGUAAAGGGAAGCAGUAUAAUAUUAAUAAUUAGAGUAUUAAAAAGAAAAAAGUAGUACUAAUAAUAUAAUAAUAAAACAAAAAAAAAUAAAAAAUAAAGCAAGCUUAUUUGGGCUAGUUAACCAGUGUGAGCUGUGUUUCUUUUGUUCAUAAUACUAAUUCCUAUCACAUGCUCUCUACUGCCAUCCCAUAAUAAAUCUCACUCCCCUUACAAAUAUUCUCCCCCAUUCUUUUUCUUCUAAAUUUCAUUUGUUUAAGAGGUUUUCUCUGUAAACAUUUUCUGUCAAAAAUCUCAAAGAUGAGGAAUAAUUGUUACAAAAGAUGAUGUUGAAAUGAGGGCAACAUCAAUCAUCAUACUACUACUACUCUCCAUUUUGGUCUCAAAUAUACACUACUCUUCUAGUCUAAAUUCAGAUGGUGUUCUCCUUCUUUCUUUCAAAUACACCAUUUUAGACGACCCAUUAAACGUCUUAGAGUCAUGGAACUUUAACAACGCCACACCAUGUUUAUGGCGUGGCGUCACCUGUAGUUCUUUUAAUUUUACACUCCUAGGUGAAGGGGACACUCCUCGCGUAGUAGGAGUGUCCCUUCCUGGAUGCCAACUUCUAGGAUCAUUACCAGCUGACCUCGGCCUCAUUGAUCACCUCCAAACCCUAAAUUUAUCCUCAAAUUCAAUCAACGGGUCACUCCCAGACUCGCUCUUUAGUCUACCGGACCUCCGUGUCCUUGACGUAUCUAACAAUUCGAUCUCCGGGAAAAUCAUUGAGAUUGGAGGGUUACGAAGCUUGGAAGUUCUUGACGUUUCCGAAAAUGCCCUUGCCGGGAAUAUUCCGAGGAAUCUUGGGACGUUGAAGAAUCUUAGCUCGGUUUCUUUGAGAAGGAACAAUUUUACCGGCAAUAUUCCGGGCGGGUUUGACCGGGUCCGGUUCAUGGAUUUAUCCUCCAACUUAUUAAACGGUUCACUUCCCGUUGAUUUAGGAGGAGAAAAACUCCAGAUUUUUAACCUUUCUAAUAACCGGAUAACCGGCGAAAUAUCUCGGGAUUUCGGUAACAAAAUACCGGAAAAUGCGACUUUAGAUUUCUCCUUUAAUAAUUUAACCGGCGAGAUUCCGGAUUCCAAUGUGUUACUUUCUCAAGAGAGAGAUUCCUUCGCCGGUAAUCGAGAUCUCUGUGGGCCCCCAUCAGGCAACCCAUGUCAAAUCCCUGCAAGCCCAACUCCGGCCCCAAGUCAGCCCAUUCCACCGCCCGCUUUUGCCGCCAUUCCCAAAUCCUUCGCCAGCUCACCAGACGUGGGCCCAAAUCAGGAAACCGGCCCACAGAAGAAAGAUCAUGGGCUUCGGCCUCAUAUAAUUGCCGCCAUUGUUGUUGGUGAUUUUACAGGGAUUGCUAUCCUCGCCAUGGUGUUCCUGUACGCGUGUAAAAGAAAGAAGAAUAAUAAAAACACUACUAAUAAUACUAAAACUCUUAGUAGUAGAAGUCCAACUUCCGCGGCGAUAAUAAGAGGUGCAAGAGAUGAUCAUUGGUCAUCAACUUCAAGUUCGUCGUCGCUGUCAGAUUCUAAAGGUAUAGCCAAGUGGUCUUGUCUAAGGAAAAGUAAAAGCGAGGACAACAACGACGAUGAAGAUGAUAAUGACUCGGAAUGUGGGUCCGAGGAUAGAGAUAACGAGCGGCGGCACCAGCAGCAGCAGCAAGGACAGUUAGUUACAGUGGACGGUGGAGGAGGAGGAGAAAGAGAGUUGGAACUAGAGACGCUGUUAAAAGCGUCAGCGUAUAUUUUAGGAGCAAGUGGUACAAGUAUAAUGUACAAGGCAGUACUAGAAGAUGGCACUGUUUUAGCAGUUAGAAGAGUUGGGGAAUCAAACAGUGUGGAAAAAUUCAAGGAGUUCGAGGGUCAUGUUCGAGCCAUUGCGAAGAUGGUUCACCCGAAUUUGGUUAAGGUUCGUGGCUUUUAUUGGGGGUCCGAUGAGAAGCUUGUAAUUUACGAGUAUGUUUCUAAUGGCAGCCUUGCGAACGCCCGUUACAGGAAAACUUGCUCUUCACCAAGCCACAUACCAUGGGGAGUUCGGCUAAGGAUAGCUAAAGGGAUAGCCCGUGGACUAAAUUUUAUCCACGAAAAGAAGCACGUACAUGGUAACCUCAAGCCCAAUAACAUACUCCUCGACGUAGACAUGGAGCCCAAGAUUAGUGAUUUUGGGCUUGAAAGACUCUCAAUGGGUAAAUUCGGGUGCAUACCCGGCGGAUCGACCCGUCACUUUGGUAGUAAAAGAUCCACAGCCUCAAGGGACAGCUUCCAAGACUAUUCUGUGGGAGCUACCCCAAGCCCGAGUACAAGCUCCAUUGGAUCUGUUUCACCUUACCACCCACCCGAAUCAUUACGGAGCCUUAAGCCGAGCUCAAAAUGGGAUGUUUACUCAUUCGGGAUAGUGUUACUUGAACUAAUAACAGGAAAGGUUGUGAUAUCGGAUGAGUACGGCCCACCCGUUCUAGCCGAAUUGGCAGUCGGGUUGGAGGAUCGAACACGGAUGCUCCGGAUGGCGGACCCCACGAUUCGAGGUGACUUGGAAGGUAAUGAGGAGGCAUUGUUAAGUUGUUUAAAGUUAGGGUACAAUUGUAUUUCACAUGUACCACAAAAAAGACCCUCAAUGAAAGAAGCCCUCCACGUUCUAGAAAAAAUAACAUCAAAUUCACCAACUCCACCACCAUCAUCACAAUAUUAUUAUGGUCCUUAAAUGUUGGUACUAAUGUAUGGCGACAAAGCAUUGUAGAUUAUUCAGAGAUAAAUUAAAAGUGUUACGUUGUAUGUAUGAUUGACAUUUUUUAAUUUCUUUUUGUCUUUUGUUUAAUUAUCACUUCAUCAAAUAGUUUUUUUCCUUUUUUUUUUUUUUUUUGUCUAAUUAUCUGCUUUUGUGCUGUUGGUGGAGUUGUUUGUGGUGUAACUGUCUUCAUCAUAGUCUUAGCUACCAACAUUAUUACUUAGAUAUUGUUGCGUAAUGGCAUUGAUUGUCUUUUA